UCUGACUAAAAGGCAAAUGAAUACUUUCUGAGAAGUGGAUGUUGUAGCUCUCUCAUACUGACUUUUGUGUUGGAGCACAGAAAUACUGAUUUUCUAUCUCAUCUAAUUAUCAGUGUAGGCAGUAUAACUAGUGGUUGCUCAGGCUCAGUUAACAGUGUUGCUGAAUUUGGCAGCUAAGUGAAAUAAAAUGGUUUUGCUACGUGGAUUCCUCUACAUAACAUUAAAUGAGGCACGUGACUUGCCUGACUGUGACACAGCCUUCUUCAACAUUGAUGGUAAAGAUACCUCAGACCCUUUUGCUCAGGUGAAGAUUGGAACCAAUGUCAUCUGCAAGACUGCCUACAUCAACAACAAUGUCAAUCCUCGUUGGCAAGAGUCAUACAGAAUUCCAGUUUGCCAUGAAGUCGAGUUCUUCAAAGUCAUGGUCAUGGAUAAGGAUCACGUUGGCGCAGGCAAAAUUGGCGAAUAUGAGGUACGAGUUGAAGAUUUAAUGGGCGGUGAUGAAAUAUCUGGGUGGUAUCCCCUGUCUGGGUGUGAUGGCAAGGUAAAUUUCAGCAUGCGGUACCUUCCAAAAGACGCAAUUGAGGCAUCGUUUGAGGUGCCUGAGUGUUACUUUCCCAUGAAGGAAAGGUGCUCCGUGCGACUAUACCAAGAUGCUCAUUGUCCUUCCCUUCCUCUCUACGAGAACGUCAUUACAGCAGCAGGGGAGGUGUAUGAUCCCCCGUGUGCUUGGACUGACUUGUACAAAUCUCUGAUCAAGGCACAAGUAUUCAUCUACAUCACAGGGUGGAGCGUCUACUGCGAAACUGCUCUCGUACGUCAGUGUUGUGAUGCUCAUUCCGAGGGUGUGGGAGAAACUGUGGGCGAGCUCCUUAAACGGAAAGCAGACGAAGGAGUACGCGUACUGGUGCUUAUCUGGAACGAGAAACUCAGUACCGAGGUUACACCUGGACUCAUGGGCACUCACGAUGAAGCCACAAAGGACUACUUCUUAGGAUCUAAUGUCGAAGUAGCUGUAGUCCCUCGCAUGCGGGUCCUUGAAGGCCUCACGAGUUACAUCAGGAACCAGUUCUCUGAAACUUGCUACACACACCAUCAAAAGACUGUGAUCCUCGACACUGAUCCUGCGGAGGGCGAGGAGCUGCGACGCGUCAUUGCCUUCGUCGGAGGGCUGGACAUCACCAACGGCCGAUGGGACACUCCCGAACACGAACUUUUCAAAACGCUUACCAGCAAACAUUGCGGGGAUUUCUACAACGGAUGUGUCCAGACUACUGAACUGGUAGGACCCCGCCAACCUUGGCAUGAUAUCCACUGUAAGCUGGAAGGUCCUGUGUGCAUGGAUAUACUUAAUAAUUUCUACGAGCGUUGGCGUCAGCAAGCCGGUGAACUACUAUCCAGACUCCGCAGGAUAUCCAGCGAUGAUUUUGCCGUGGAUGCUCCGGCCGUCGUCGAUGAUGAAUCCAAACUUUGGAACGUGCAGGUAUUCCGUUCUAUAACCUCUGACUCCGCCUCGUUCGACUUCAAUAAAGUUUUCACUGUGCCUAAACGCAAGGGAAAGUACGUUGAUGACAGCAUUCAUCGUGCGUACAUACAUCACAUCCGGAGAUCACAGAAGUUCCUGUACAUUGAAAACCAAUAUUUUUUGGGAUCCGCUUACUGCUGGGAAGACGAAACCAAUACCAAAGCGCACCAUCUCAUACCCGCCGAGAUAACGCACAAAAUCCUCGAAAAGAUGGCUGCCGGUGAGCAUUUCUGCGUAUACGCUAUUAUACCAAUGUACCCAGAGGGGGAUCCAGUGAGCAAACCUGUGCAGGAGAUCCUCCACUGGCAACAUCGCACCAUGGAAAUGAUGUACAAGAAAAUUUCUUCUGGCAUCGAAGAACACGGCUUGGACACCCACCCCACCGAUUACCUAACUUUCUACUGCCUCGGUAAAGGCGAAGGCCCAGACGAAAUCCCGGAAGAUCUCGCUACGCCUGACCCAGAGAGCCCUGCCGUUGGUUUGAGGGAACAAGCCCGUUUCAUGAUCUACGUUCACUCUAAGAUGAUGAUUGUAGACGACGAGUACAUCAUCAUCGGCUCCGCAAACAUCAACCAACGCAGUAUGAGUGGCACUCGAGACUCCGAGAUUGCGGUAGGGUGCUACCAACCCGCCCACACUUCAGACACCAGUGACGGCUUGCCAAGGGGAAACGUACAUGAAUUCCGCACCGCUCUGUGGGCAGAGCAUUUAGGAGGGACCUUAGAAGAAGCACAUGCCCAGCCGGGAACCGUGGAAUGCAUGAGGGCCGUAAAUGCGGCCGCUCAGUCGAACUGGGACCGUUACGUUGUUAACGAGCCUUGCCAUUUGGAUGCACAUCUCCUCAAGUACCCAGUGAGCAUAGGCCAGGAUGGGUCCGUGUCUCCUCUGGAGGAAUGUCCCUGUUUCCCCGAAACUGCCGCCCCUGUUAUCGGGGCUCCAAACUACCUGCCCAACAAACUUACCACUUAAAUACGUAUGACCAAAACAAGGACCAAAGUUUCGGAAACGUUUCCGAUUUUCCUCAUUCCCUUCCAGGUUCUCCUGUUAUAUUUCCCUGUGCUCCAGAUACCAUACCAAGUAUUUCAGCUCCCCAAAAAGGAAUUGCCGACCCAUUUUUACGUUGUUCAAUUAAUCUUGAAGUACAUUCCUAUAUUUUUGACA